AUGGGGCUGUUGAGCGUGGUGCUCGUCGUGGCCGCGUCGCUGGCGUGCCUGCCACCGUCACGGGAGAGCGCCCGCGUGCUGUCCGUGUUCCCGGUGCCGAUGCGCAGCCACUGGAUCGUCUGCCGCAGCCUCCUGGAGGCGCUGCACGACAGAGGCCACCAGCUCACCGUGCUGACGCCCUACCCCACUGGCAGACCGCGACACAACUGGACGGAGCUCAUCGUCCCAGACACCAUGCACCUACUCGGUGGGACCGGUGACCUGUUCAGCCUAGGCCAAAGGAGUGACUUCGUUUGGCUCCUGAGACUGUUCAACUACGGAAUCUCGUCGUGCGAAGUUUUCCUACAACAGGAAGGCGUACAGCAGCUCUUCGAAUCCGACCGCGAGUUCGACGUCAUCAUCAUCGAGACGUUCUUCAACGACUGCCUGAUGGCGCUGGCGCACAAGUUCCGGGCUCCCGUGAUCGCCAUCUCGACGCUGGUGGGCACCGUGUGGAUGAGCGACAUGAUGGGCAGCCCGUACCCGCUGUCCUACGUCGCCGAGCCCUUCCUGUCCUACACGGACCGCAUGCCCUUCUGGCAGCGGCUGCACAACGCGGCCUUCGCGACGUACGCGCGGCUCGUCCGCCGGCUGUACUACGCGCCCCGGCAGGACGCCCUGGUGCGCAGACACGUGGCCGGCCCCGCGCUGCCGAGCGUACUGGACAUCGAGAGGAACACCUCGCUGCUCUUCCUCAACAGCCAUCCCAGUCUGAACUUCCCGCGCCCGCUGGCGCCCAACGUGAUCGAGAUCGGAGGCAUGCAUGUCUGUUCCCCUCGCACACUCCCACAGAAUUUACAAGAAUUUCUUGAUAGUGCAACGGAUGGUGCGAUAUUGUUCAGCCUGGGGUCCAACAUCAAAAGCUCUCAAAUGCCUGACGAGAAGCGGGCGGCUUUUCUGACAACCUUCUCCCAGCUCAAGCAGAGAGUUCUGUGGAAGUGGGAAACCGAAGACCUCCCGGGGAAGCCAGAGAACUUAAAAGUGUCCAAGUGGUUGCCGCAGUCAGAUAUACUGGCUCACAGAAACAUGAAGCUGUUCAUCACGCACGGUGGACUCGGCAGCACGCUGGAGGCCGUGCACCACGGGGUGCCCCUGAUUGGAGUCCCCGUGUUCGCCGAUCAGGACAGCAACAUGAUCAGGGCGGAGCAGCACGGCUACGCCUUGAGGCUUCAGUUCAGCAACAUCACGGCUGACACACUCCUUUGGGCGAUCACGGAAGUACUUGAUAAUCCCAGGUACCGGCAGCAGGCGCAGCAGCUGUCGCGCGUGUUCCGCGACCGGCCGCGCGCGCCGCUGGAGGAGGCGGUCUUCUGGACGGAGUACGUGGUGCGCCACGGCGGCGCCCCCCACCUGCGCUCUCCGGCGCUCCACCUCUCCUGGCUCCAGCUCUGGCUGCUCGACGUGGUCGCCGCGGUGGUGGCGGCCGCCGCAGCGGUGCUGGCGCUACUGACACUGGCGGUGAAGGCUGCCACAGACAAGCUAUCCAGCAAGAGACUGACAGCGGCUGUCCACAGAGCUGCCAUCGUGGGUUCAAAGAAGCACACGUGA